AUGUUUGGUAACAAGGAUGUCUACAAACAAAAGUUUCCCAAUGGUUUUGCUGGUUAGUCAAAAGUAAAAGAUGAGUAUUCAACAUGCUGACGUUGCCACAGGGGCUUAUAGAGACUACAUCAACAAGGUAGUCCUCGAGAACAUAAACUUGGCUCCUACCUAUUUAAAUGAUCUAUGGCUUCUAACAAUGAACAACCUUCAAAAAUCGUAUAACUCACCCGACGUUGCGGGCCGCAGCGACGUCGCUGGCCGCAGACAGCCAGGUUUUUUCUACCCAACGUGGGAACGUUUCUAUAACCAGAUGGCAGUGCUGAAUUAUCACUAUUGGAAAGAUGGUAUCUGGACUUGGGAUUACAAGCAUGAAUUUACCUGGUUGGGACAGAAUCCUCAUGAACCGGAGAUCCCAAGAAGAUUUCCAGUGUAUGACGCCAGGGUCACACCACCGGCGAAGCCUCCUUUAAAGUUUGGACAAAGGCCACCAUCAGAAACAGGGUCCGGAAUGUAG